GAGAAUAAGGGGAUUGCUAAUUUUCAUCCGGAUGAAAACAAUUCACUUCCAUCCGUUUUUCUGUCCGUCGGAUUCUGGUGUCAAGAUUCGCGUUUUUUCCUUUCUUUUCCAGACUCGGGGGUGUUUUGUUCGUUACUGGGCCCGUAAUCUUCUCCCUUAGACCCAUUAAUCCUGGCGGGUCCGUGUACUAGCCGGUUUUUUCUUUUAUUUUUGAAUUUCCUUUUAUCUUCUCCGCUGACUUUGUCUGUUUCCCUUCCUCAUUUCGAGCGGCGGCGAGGAGAGAGCCGUGGCGAUUUUGGUUGGUUAGCUUUGUGGCUGAUCUCUGGAGAGCGAGCCGGUGGUUAGGCACCCGGUCCUCCUCCCCCCUCCCCCAUCCUCCAUCCCCCUUGUUGCUUCUCCUUGAAGCGUGUUGAGGCAGAGGAGAGGUCGACGUACGGUGAUUCGGCGGCGAUGUCUUAUCUUCUUCUGUUGAUUUCGUGCCGCUCCUCCUUUUGUUGUGGUGUUCUUCGAGCCCUGUGCCUCCCUUCUUCACACAACGAGUUGUACUUCCCUGUUGGUCUCAAUGGUCGCUGGUUUUCGUUUGUUGUGUGUAUCAAAGAUAGAGUUUUUUUUGUGUUUCUUGAUUCGGCGUUUGGAGAGAACUCAACAUAUCACAGAGAUAUCCGUGAUGAGCUGAUUCAUAAUUUCAUUGGGCUUUGGGAUGAGUAUAUCAAUCCUAUGAUGCACAAACGAAUUAAUUUCGAAGAGUUUGAUGUCUUGUACCCAGCUGUUCCUAAGCAAGAGAAUCGGCAUGAUUGUGGUGUCUUCGCUCUGAAGUAUAUGGAGAUCUUCACACCAAGAACUCAGAUGGCAAAUCUUUUCUCCAAUAUAGACAUUCCAAAUCUUAGGAUCAAAUAUGUGAAUGAUAUGUUUUUCAGCCCCUUGAACAACUGCGAGAAAUCUUUUGUCACUGAUUUCUUUGGCGAUGCAUGUUCUUAUUUUCCUUGUCCUCUAGUUCAUUUUUGUUUUGUUUUCUUCUUUUUACCUUCUAUUUUCUUUACCUAUUAUGGCCUCUUUAAUUUUUUUGUGUAGGGAGGCAAUGCCAAGUGAGGUUCAGUAUGUGUGCAGUCCUAGCUCAAUUGGUGGAUGAGUUUGCUUUUUUAGUAGCAUGUAACAUAGAACCACUAGUACAAAUCAUUUGGAUUAUUGGUGGAUUUACAAUGUCCUUUUUAGUGUAUUUUACAGUUGCAUCUUUAAUGCAUCUUGCACUGUAAUUCUUAGUGUUUAAUCUUAGCAGUUUUUUAGUGCAAACCAUUUGAAUCAUUGGUGGA